AUGUACAAAUUUUCCCGGCAGAGUGCAUUUGGAAAUGUGAGGUCUAUCACCGGUGGGAAACCUUUUCUAAUCGAUUCGAAUAUACAUCUCAACGAGCUUUUCAAAUCGGGUCGAAUUGAUGAAGCCCGGAAAGUGUUUGAUAGAAUGCCUGAAAGGGACGAGUGUACCUGGAACACGAUGGUGUCCGGGUAUGCAAAUUCCGGAAAGCUCGCCGAGGCCCGGAGACUUCUCGACGAGAGCCCGAGAAGGAGCUCGAUCGCCUGGUCGUCCCUUGUGUCCGGGUACUGCAAAAUGGGGUGCGAGGCGGAAAGCUUCCAGCUGUUGUACCAGAUGCAGCACGAGGGGUACCGGCCCAACCGUUUCACUUUAGGAAGUGUGCUCAGGCUAUGUUCUAUAAAAGGACUCCUCUCGAGAGGCGAGCAGAUUCACGGUUUUUCGGUCAAGGCCCGUAUGGAUACUGAUGUUUUUGUAGUCACCAGCCUUAUAGAUGUUUACGCCAAAUGUCGGUGUAUAGACGAGGCAGAGUAUUUGUUCGAAAGAAUGAAUGAAGGGAAGAAUCACGUCACUUGGACUGCAAUGCUCAACGGGUAUUCCAUAAACGGCGACACGAUUAAAACAACCGAGUGUUUUGUGGGCAUGAGAGCAAAUGGGGUCGAGGCUAAUCAGUACACUUUCCCCGGAGUAUUAGCGGCUUGUGGGGCCCGCUCGGAUCUUGGAUUCGGGACGCAAGUUCACGGCUGUAUUUUUCGCGGUGGGUUUGUUGCGAAUGUUUUCGUUCAAAGUGCGUUGGUCGAUAUGUACACGAAAUGCGGGGACUUGAGUGGGGCCGUAAAAAUAGUCGACUCCAUGGAAAUCGAUGAUUUGAUUUCAUGGAAUGCUUUGAUUCUCGGUUGUGUUAGACUUGGUUCUCCAGGGAAAGCUCUGUCUUUAUUUAAUUCCAUGCAUGUGAAAGGCAUGAAACCAGACGAGUUCACAUAUCCCUCUGUACUGAACUCGUUUGCUUUGGUAAAAAACGUGACGGCCGGUAAAAGUAUCCACUCGUUGGUUAUUAAGUCCGGAUUCGAGGCUUACACGCUCGUCUGCAAUGCUCUAAUCGACAUGUACGCCAAACAGGAGAAUCAUUUAGAUGUUGCGUUUAAGUUGUUCGAUUGCUUGGCAGCUAAAGAUGUGAUUUCUUGGACAUCCCUUGUAACGGGCUGUGCCUAUUGUGGGCUCCACGAGGAAGCCCUCGAGUUAUUCUGUAGGAUGAGAAUCGGUGGGACCCACCCGGACCGAGUAAUCCUCUCGAGCGUCCUGAGCUCGUGCGCUGAGCUGGCGCUGCUCGAUUUAGGUCAACAGCUUCACUCGGAUUCGAUAAAAUCCGGGAUUGACUCGUCGCUAUCGGUCGAUAAUUCGCUCGUGUCGCUGUACGCGCACUGCGGUUACUUGGAGUGUGCGGAGAAAAUAUUCGACUCGAUGGGAACUCGAAAUGUAGUAUCUUGGACUGCAUUAAUCGUGGGCUAUGCGAAAAACGGAAAAGGAACAAAAUCAGUCGAAUUUUACGACCGAAUGAUAGAAUUGGGCUUAAAGCCCGACUCGAUAACCUUCAUAGGUUUGCUAUUCGCCUGCAGUCACGCGGGCCUAACCGAACAGGGCCGCCACUAUUUUAACUCCAUGGUGAAGGACCACGGGAUUAGCCCAGGGCCCAACCACUACGCGUGCAUGAUUGAUCUUUUGGCACGAUCGGGAAAAAUAAACGAGGCAGAAAAAUUAUUAAAUGAAAUGAGGGUUAAACCGGACGCAACCUUGUGGAAAUCGUUACUAUCUGCAUGCAGGGUGCACGGGAAUAUCGAUCUUGCCGAAAAAGCUGCUAAAGCAUUAAUCGAGUUAGAGCCUCGAGGCUCAUUCCCUUACGUAAUGCUUUCGAAUAUUUACUCCCAAAAUGGAAAAUGGCACGAAGCAGCUCGUAUUAGAAAGUCGAUGAAAUCGAGGGGCGUAGAGAAGGAGCCCGGUUUUAGCUGGAUUGAGAUUAAUGGUAAAGCUCACAACUUUUUGUCCGAGGAUAGGAGCCAUUUGGAAUCGGACGAGAUCUAUCGGAAAAUCGAUGAGGUAAUGGUUUUGAUCAAGGAGUUUGGGUAUGUUCCGGAUUUGAAAUUCGCUCUGCAUGAUGUAAAUGAAGAGAACAAGGUUUUCGGGCUGGCUUAUCACAGUGAGAAGCUGGCCGUGGCUUUCGGGCUGCUCAAGCUUCCGGCUGGGGCGCCUGUGAGAAUAUAUAAGAAUAUGAGGGUUUGUGGGGACUGUCAUAACGCGAUGAAGUUUGUGUCGAGGGUUUAUAAUCGACGUGUGAUUAUGCGGGAUUCGAACUGUUUUCAUCAUUUUGAGGAUGGUGUGUGUUCUUGUGGAGAUUAUUGGUGA